AUGUGGGAAGGAGCGAUCCCGCUGAAACAUGAGCGCGUGUUCAACGGGGGCGUUGUCACUCGCGUAGUAAAGAAAACAUACUCCCACCCGCCGGAGAUUCAUCCGACCAACUUGAGCUUCAAUGACAUUGAUUCCAUGUACUGCUUGGGGAACGACGAGCUGAUCAAGUACUUCCCGGAGGGCGUGGGUGGAAAGAUGAUGCAGCUCAUGCCCCCAAGCCACCCACGCGGUUUCUUGUACCGGAAGCAGAGUCACCUCCUGAAUUGCUUCAUUGACAAGCUUCCUUUCUGGCAAAGCAAAGAAGGGGCGCUACGCUCUCUCACAAAUGGCCGUCCCGGAUUCAUCAUGGAUGGUCCGACAGGGUCCGGCAAGAGCGCGCUGCUCUGCCAAGCAGUGCACUACGCACGCUCUCGCGACAUCAUUACCCUGUACAUCGCAAACGCGAAGGCGUGGACGCAUGGGGAGUGGUGCUGGCCUAGCACGAUCUUGCCGGGCUUUUUCGAUGCCCCUGAUGCGGCACGAGAGUUUCUUCGCACGGUGGCAGAAGCGAAUCGCUCUCUUUUUCAGGCAUGGGAGCUGAGGGUGACGCCGCAGGACUUGCCUCUGGAGCACGGCGAGAAGCAGCCGCGCUCCCUUUACGACCUUUGCGAGUGGGGCCACCGCGCUGUUGCACCAGCGUCUAUUGACCGGCAGAGCGUGUGUAUCAAGUUUUUCUUCGACGAGAUUAGAGCCGAGAAAACGAAGCCCAUCAUCAUAGCCGUGGACGGGUGGAAUCUGUUUUCCCACGAGACACACUUCCGCUACCCGCACCCUGACUUCUUACGUACUCUGACAACGCUGAACGACGGGUCGACGGACGUCGACCUCUACCCACAAGAGCUGCCUCGCAUUCCGGCGUCGCGACUGAGCUUUGUGCGCGGCCUUAACAAGCUGAUUCUCUCCAAGCAGGACCCCAACAAGUUUUUUAUCACUUGCACUACGCGUGACUUCAAACCCUUCGACGGUGUCAGCGGAUUCACCGACGUGGAAAACGACCGUUUCAAGAACAGCCUCGACGAGUACGCCUCGUAUGACCCGGAGAAAGACUCCUUUUUUCACCCUAUGCAGGUGGACAACUUUACCGAGUACGAGUACAGGGCGUUCCUCCGCUUCGCCAUCAACUCUGGUGAGCUAGCGGGCCUCGGCUGGGGGCCGAUGUGGCACUACUCAAGCGAUUUUGAACGGAAGCUGUACAAGGUCGACUUUAUGUCAGACCGCAACCCGCAGCGCGUCAUCGAUCACUAUCAUCAAGAGCUGGUGUGGCGCUACGAGUACAAGCGCACGCGGCAGAAGCAGUACCUGCUAGCGCGACGCAAGAUGUGGCAGGGUGCCGAGGUGUCUAAUCCACUGCGCAACGGCAAGUGA